GGUGCACAGCCUGGGGAGAGCCAACCCACACAGGAACAACCAGAUGUGAGAUCUAAGAGGGAGAUCAUCCUUGGAAUGGAUCGAAGACUGGGGGAUCUUGAGGAUAGGAUGGGCCAUUACGAAGACAAUCAGAAGGAGAUACUCAGUAUUUUAAGGCACAAAUAUGGUGCUGAGCCUUUCUCAUCCGCAUGA